AUGGCAGAGCCACCAAAGCCGAGCCCAUCCAAGGGACGAACCGAGACGUGGGAGGAACUAUGCAAGGACAUGAAUCUAGCAAAGGCAAAACUUGACAGGGCACUCAAAGAAAAAGAGGAGGCGGAGGCUCACCUUAAAAGAUUCGAAAAAGAGUAUCGCAAAAAAACAGAUGAAGAGAAGAAGGAAUACGGGCGCGUGGUGGAGAUGGCCCGCGCUGCCCACGAAGCGUCUCGAAGAGAGCACGAGGUGCUUUCGAGUGAGAUUGCCAGUUUGGAGAAGAAAAUGAAUGCAUGCGACCACGAAAUAUGCACCGUACCUCUUGAAUCCGAUGAUAUAAGUGACUAG